AUGACUUACAGAAAUCAAACUUUGGUCACUGAAUUUUUUUUCAUGGGAUUAACAAAUCACUUCCAGUACCAGGUUAUUCUCUUUAUGGUAUUUCUCUUUGUUUAUCUUGUCACUCUCCUGGGGAACUUGGGGAUGAUCACUCUCAUUUGGAUGGAAUCCCGACUCCACACCCCCAUGUACUUUUUUCUCAGCCACUUGUCCUUUGUGGAUGUCUGCUCCUCUUCUGUCACAGGUCCCAAGAUAUUGACUGAUAUCUUCACGGACAAAAAUGUAAUCUCUUUCUUUGGUUGUGCGGCCCAGUCAUGGUUUUUUGGUCAUUUUGUAGUAACUGAAUGUUUCCUUCUGGCUGCCAUGGCACAUGACUGGUAUAUGGCCAUCUGUAAGCCCUUGUUGUACACACUCAUUAUGUCCCAGCAGGUGUAUGUGCACCUAGUGGUGGGGUCUUAUGCCAUGGGCCUUAUUAGCACCUUGACCCAUACGACUUUCACCUUCCGCCUACCCUAUUGCAGUCCAAAUAUCGUUAAUCACUUCUUC